AUGUCGACUUUAGAUAUGCCGGCUGUGCCUGUCACGUAUGCGACGCACUCCUCGUCGCAUGCGAAUGUGCAGCUGGCGCACGCGAUGACGCUUCUUACAGAGCAGAUGCCCUUGCGAAAUUUGCAUUGGCGUCCAUCCACGACUGUCCAGUCGUUGCCCUCGACGUCCAUUUCCGCGCAUGGGAAGACGGCGUCUGCGCUGCGCACAUUGCAAGAGAUGCCUAUUCAUCUCGUGCCGUUGGCCUCGCACGAUGCAUCGACGCGGUCCGUGCCUGUCCUUUUUCGCUUGCCCUGUGUGCACUUGUACUUUGUAUCGUGUGACGACAGUGAUCUGUACCGUGCGCAAGUGCGCAACGAAAUCCGCAACUGGAUGGCAUCGCUGCCGUCGCAUAUGCCGACGGACUACGAGGAUGAGCCAGGCAGUGCCAAGCCCGUGCUUACGCCUGAGUACUUGAUUGUUGUCUUGCCCCAUGUGCCUGGGACGCCCUCUUCGAUGUCUUCCUCGUCGUCGGCUAGUGGUAAGAUGGGCCGCUUUUAUACAUCGAGCAAGAGUUCUGUUUUGGAGAAACUACGUGCUGAUUUCAAUACAAGUACGGUCGAGCGUGUGCUGCCGUUGCACAAACUUCCGACCAACGUCCAAGAUACCGAUCCGACUGUGUGGAUUGAGCUGAUAGCCCGGAUGAAAGAGCUCAUACUAGCGUCUCUUGGGCGGCUUGUUGACGUCCAGGACCGACGUAUUGUCACGGCUUCGGCCCACGAAACGAGUAUCUGUGAUCUGCUCUUGCGUUAUGAGGCUCUCAUUCAUACCAUGGAAGGUCUGGAUCUCAUGCACGAUGCGCUGCAUUUGUACGAUCAAGUUCACAACAAGAUCAUGCCGUUGUUGCUCGACAAGCCGACCACGUUUCCGCCCGGUGGACAGGAGCCUGGCGACGAUAGUCUGCUGCUGCUGGGCCCACUGCGCAAGCCGUACGAGCAGUUGCUGGCCAACGAACGAAUUACGUUGUUUGAUAUGAUGUGCUAUUUGUAUGCACGCUACUCUAUGCUGCUUGGUGCCGUAGGCGACGUUGUGCGUGUGAUGCAGCAGACGCCUCUGUUUGUCGUUCAUGUCGCGCGCCUGCUGCGGCCGUACAAAUCCGAGCUGGCGCAAGGGUUUAUUGAGGCCUGGUCGUUUUCCGUGGCGGUGGAUGCUGUGGAGCAGUGCCAGGCGUGGCUAGUCGAGUGGCAGGGCGAGUCUGAAGAUGCGAAGACCACGCAAGCGUUCCAUGCGGCGAAGGCAGAGCUGCUCGAGCUGGCUGUACGGCAGCUUAUCAGCCUCGGCGUGCAAACAGGCCAUGUACCCAGCAAGCCGCCGUUUGCGUACUUGGCACCCACCUCGGCACGGUACCGACGGGAUGCCCAUCUUACACGCAAAGAGCUGCUGGAAGCGAUUAAGAAGCAGGAUGUGUUUGACUCGCAGUGUCGCAAUGUACUGCACCGCGCGAUUCUUGCAGCGACACUCAGUCAGCAGAUGCCCCGAACAUUGCGUUUGAAAUACUUGCUCGCGUGCCUGGAAACCGAACGUGGGGCGUAUGCGGACGCAGAGAAGCUCUUGCGCGAGCUCUUAUCCCAGGCGUCGUCGCUCUCUGCCUUGCUGGGCCCGACGCAUGCCAUGUUCUUGCACUGCCUUGAUCAGCAAGGCCUGGCGCAUGGGCCCCUCUAUACGGAGGCCAUGGUAGCUGCCGUACAAGCUCUGUGCCAGUGGCGAGUGCAAAUGCCGCACCUCCCACCGCCGAUGGACGAGCAGGCGUUGCUCUUUACGCUUUGUCAGGCAAGUGAGGCACAACAUGUCGAUACCACACUGCUAGGCUACAAUGGCUGCGACGUACGUAUUGACGAUACCAGCGUGCGGCGUACUCGCGAUGAAGUGUCGAUCACUGUGUGUGUCACGUCGUACUUGCCUCGUCCUCUCGAUGUCGACCUCGUGAGCGUAUGCCUGACGAACUAUCGGCAGGAUCAGAUCCUGCUCACAUGUGGGCCCACCUCGCUUGUGCCUGGCCCCAACACGCUGACACUUACAUGCACAACAGCCUUCCAGGGCCUUUUCCAUAUCCAGACGACGCAGCUCCGUCUUGGCCGCGUCAUGCUGGAACAAGUGCAUGUACACACACUGCCCUUGACGUUGGCUGAUGCGCAGUACAUGGAAUAUACGCGCCAUCGCCUUUGCAUUCCAGCGGAUGGCGCGGCGAUGGAUGUACGUCUCGAGGCGCCGAAACAUGUCUCCCUGGCCCAUGCACGUACCAUUGACGUGGUCGUCCAAGCCGGUCGUACGUCGCUAUCACGCGCCAUCCUUCGUUGGCAGUCUAUGGACGAGACGCGAUGGACGCCGAGCUCGUCGUACGAAGCCACCUUGCCGGACGGCUGCGCGCUGCAAGUGGGCUCGCAAGAGGACGCCGAGGCCAUCGUGUUGACGUCGCUACGAGCGCGCCACCACGCACGUAUCACAGUACCGCUGACGCAUGUCUCACGUGCGGCCCGAGUGCAAUGGCAUAUCACGAUGCGGUACCAGGAAGAGGGGACAUCGGCAUGGCAUACGUGGCAGCGUACACUGGCAGCGGAGCUGGGCUUGCCUUUUAGCAUCAACAUCCAAGACUUUUUCCGGCUGGAUACGCUUCUCUCGAAGCUUUCGUUGGAAGCGAUGCCUGGUCCUUCGCUGCGGAUGGCGCCUCUGCGUAUUACGCCGUCGUCCGCAUCCAUGCAGGCCACGUUGCCGGCGCCGACUGAGGCUUAUACCUUGGCACCAAAGGAUACGAGCACGUUCUUGGUGCAGUUCGCCAAGACGGGCGACCAGCCACGCGAAGCCAACGAGCCGCCAUGUACUUUGCAUGUGACGUACCGGAUGCACACCGACGAAGUGCAAGGUCGCGGGCUGUAUGCGCUCGCCCUAGCGCUCGCCACGGUGCCUGCAUGGGACGAUGGCGAUCAGGCGCUGCUUCAUGCCGCGAUUCGCGCACAUGUAAAGACGAGGACAACGCUGCCUACGACGCUCGACGAGGCGUUCUGGUCGCAAACAGUCCGGCAAUGGGGUUGGCCACGCGAUAGCGAACGUGUGGAGACACUGUAUGCCCUCCUGCAGCGCUGGCAUGACGCGUGUUCGCACGUCGACGAUGCGCUGACUCUCGCGCCGCCCGACGACAAGGGUCCGUCGCCUAGCUGGGCGAACGAGGCCCAAGCCACGGCGUGGGCCGCUUCUCAGGCAUCCCUGGCAUGGCGGCAGCUUUCCCUACCGCUGGAUGUGCCUGUCGUCGACGCUGUGAACGCCGUCACGAUGCGUGCAUCGACGGCGUCGCAUGUACCGCUCGGCACACCUGUGCCAGUGCGUAUUGAUAUCGCGACGUCGUUCCACUGGGCCGUUGACACGUUCUCGGACGUGGAACUGCAGUACAACAUCCUGGGCGACUAUGAUCACUGGAUCGUAUGGGGCCACAAAAAGGGCGUGUGGACUGUGGAUGCCUCGGCGCAGAUGGCGCACCAUACAGUCGAAGCCACGUUUGUCCCUGUGAGCACGGGUCAUUUGGCGUUCCCUCGCGUACGCAUCACCCCUGUUACCUCCUCCUCCCGCCCCUUCCGCUGCGAGACGUUCAUGACCAACGCCGCGGAAGGCCUCUACAUCACGUCCUCCUCCGCGCCGCGCAUGUACUGGGUCGAUCUUCGUCCCUGCGAUAGUCUCGCUUCCUCCACAUAG